GGAAGUUUGUGCACGCCAGACAACCUUGUGUUGGUGAAAGAUGAUGGCAGCUUUUUAGCCGUGAACAACCUUGUGAAGGUUUUCCUGAAUUCGAUGGGCAUAGAUGUAGACGGCGUAGGCACUGCUUGCUCCUGUCGGAUUGAUGAAGGACACCUCAUGGGAACAGACCUCCACCUCCCUUUGACUUUCUCGGACUGCACAAUGCGUCAGCUGCCAGAGGCAAUAAGGAAGCUGACAUGUCUAAGGAAGGUUGCUUCUUCAAAAUCAGCCAAGACUCUUCCAGUACCUCCGUUUAUUUCAAGACUGGCAUAUUGUUCAGCGUUGAGCUUAGCACACUGUGACAAAUUGGGAAUGGGCACCCUAGCUUGCCUAACUUAUCCGGAAAAGUUUUGCUUCGUUUUCUGCUGCAGAGGCUUUGGGCCUCUUAACAAGAUGGUCGCACCUGAUGGCCUACAAUGCGGUAAAGAUGUCACUGGUAUCGUGGACAGGAGAUGUAUAAAUGGCGAAUGUGUUCAAGUGAACUAGCCAAUGAACACUUUGUGGAGCCUGGAGAUAAACUUGGCAAUAAAUAAACCGCCGAGGGAAGCUUGCAGUCCGCCUAAAAGCAUCGGACGAAA